CCACAUUCCAGCGCGGCCGCCGCGAUGCAGGACGCGGGCGCCGAGGCUCCGGCGGGCGCGCGGGCCGUCAAGGUGGUCCUGGUGGGCGACGGCGGCUGCGGGAAGACGUCGCUGCUCAUGGUCUUCGCCGCCGGGGCCUUCCCCGAGAGCUAUACUCCCACCGUGUUUGAGCGGCUCAGUGUGAAUCUACAGGUGAAGGGGAAGCCCGUGAACCUCCAAAUCUGGGACACAGCAGGGCAAGUGGACUACGACCGUCUGAGGCCACUCUUCUAUCCUGACGCCUGUGUCCUCAUCCUGUGCUUCGACGUCACCAACCCCUGCAGUUUCCACAACAUCUCGAGCCGGUGGUACCCGGAGGUGAAUCACUUCUGCAACAAGGUGCCCAUCAUCCUGGUGGGCUGCAAGACGGACCUGCGCAAGGACAAGAUCCUGGUGAAGAAGCUGCGGAAAAACCGCUUGGAGCCCGUGACGUACCACAGGGGCCAGGAGAUGGCGCGGUCGGUGGGGGCCGUGGCCUACCUCGAGUGCUCGGCUCUGCUCCAGGAGAACGUCCAGGCUGUCUUCCAGGAGGCCGCCAAGGUGGCCCUGAGCAGCCGCAGUCGCAACAUCUGGCGGCGGAUGACCCAGAUCUUCUGUGCCAUGUCCUGACAGCUGGUCAGGCAGGAGCUGGGCACUCACCCUCUGGACGACUGGGCUGGACCCAGCCCCCCAGACAGCACCAAAAACAGACGCGCACCUUCAAGGACAGGCCCCCAGCCCCAGGGCAGGGAUCCUUGAACAGC